AUGUCACUAUUAUAUGUGACAUGUCUGACCUCAUCGGUGCUGACACUGUCCGCCAUAUCGUGCGACCGAUUUGUGGCCAUAUUUUUCCCGCUGAGAGCGCGGGUCACCAAACAGAGGACCGGUCUUGUAAUUGGCAUCGUUUGGGUCGUAUCCCUAUUGGUUAGCAUACCGUUCCUCAUAUACCGACAGCACUACACAUUUGAGUGGCGCGACUACAUCGAAACGAAUUGCGUGGAGAGUUGGCCGUCGGUGAGCGUGUACUCGGCGUCGGCGGGCGGGUGUGUGAAGACAUACGUAUCUAAACAGAUAUACUACACGUUUGUGACAACAACCCUAUUCUUCCUGCCGGUGGCCGUAAUGAUCACCGCAUACUCACUCAUUGUGUGGCGCCUAUGGGUUAAUCAGAUGCCCGGCGAACGCAACCAAACAAACGUGUCCGUCCAUAAAAAGGCCAAGAAAAAAUCAAUAGAUGGGUCUCGGUUGGUGCGGCUGUCACUCGCGAGCGUGAGAGUGGCAGCUGUUAUCGGUCGCAACGGUUCGCUUAUUCUAGGCCCGAAGCCUUUCCGGUUAGUGUCAGCUCCGAACGCCGGGACUGACGGGUUAUCUUCGGGCGAGUGGUGCUCCCACUCGCUGUUGUGGUCGGCAGUGAUACUCUCACUCUUCGGAUCCUCUCCGGUCAGUAGCCGGCGUGCACUCCGUCCGCACACUCACGCACUACUGCAGUGGCGAUGCUCUCACCACACGCUUCUACGCCAACGGCCAGCGGUGUCUUCGACGGCCAACAGUGGUGACCAACGGGUGCUCCCCGUUGUGGUUAUCAAAAUGGUGUGCAUAGUAUUGGCGGCGUUUGUCAUAUCAUGGAUGCCAUUGCAGGUCAUUGUCUUGUAUUCACUGUUUGGACACUCGGCUAACGAUUCCGGAGAAUUACCGAAGUGGUUCUCGAGUGUAUCAUAUUUCGCCACUUUCAUCGCCUAUUCAAACAGCGUAUUCAACCCAAUAAUAUACGGGGGUUUUAAUAAAAACUUUCGUCAGGCCUUGUGCUCGAUAUUCCGGUGCGAGAAUAAACUCAAUCUCAUUAUACAUCGUAAACACAAAUCGCCGAAGAAGUCGUCUGUGUUUACGGCCACGACGUGGUCACCCAAUACUAACCGCCGCAACAAAAAUAUACUCAACAACACGUUUAAGACGGAUGUGAUUGAACUCAAUAACAUGGAUAGUGUUGUCAAUUGUUAG